AUGUUUUCGGAUGAUGUAAGUCACCUUUGCCUCACCCAAAUUUCUCUCGUUCUCUCUCGGCACCCCAACCACCUUGCUAGGGAGGUGGGUGUUUGUAAAGCACCAGUCAGCCUGCAGGAUUGGCUCCAACCACCCGACCUGCUGGAUGCAAAGGAUGACAAAAGAGGAGAAAGUGGGUGUGGUAACCAGGUAGUGGAGAAGCCCUACCUGCUCUUCUUACCCAGCAGUAUCAGACUGUUGUGGGUGAGUGGCUUGUGCAGUUACAUCUCUCUCUCUCGUUUUCUCUCUCUCUCUGGUGCUUUCUCUCUCUCUCCGGUGCUUUCUCUCUCUCUCUCCGGUGCUUUCUCUCUCUCUCUCUCCGGUGCUUUCUCUCUCUCUCUCGGUGCUUUCUCUCUCUCUCUCUCGGUGCUUUCUCUCUCUCUCUCUCUCCGGUGCUUUCUCUCUCUCUCUCUCUCCGGUGCUUUCUCUCUCUCUCUCCGGUGCUUUCUCUCUCUCUCUCUCCGGUGCUUUCUCUCUCUCUCUCGUGUGCUUUCUCUCUCUCUCUCGUGUGCUUUUUCUCUCUCUCUCGUGUGCUUUUUCUUUCUCUCGUGUGCUUUUUCUCUCUCUCGUGUGCUUUUUCUUUCUCUCGUGUGCUUUUUCUUUCUCUCGUGUGCUUUUUCUUUCUCUCGUGUGCUUUUCUUUUCUUUCUCUCUCUCUCUCGUGUGCUUUUUCUUUCUCUCUCUCUCUCUCGUGUGCUUUUUCUUUCUCUCUCUCUCUCUCGUGUGCUUUUUCUUUCUCUCUCUCUCUCGUGUGCUUUUUCUUUCUCUCUCUCUCUCGUGUGCUUUUUCUUUCUCUCUCUCUCGUGCCUUUUCUUUUCUCUCUCUCUCUCGUGUGCUUUUUCUUUCUCUCUCUCUCUCUCGUGUGCUUUUCUUUCUCUCUCUCUCUCGUGUGCUUUUUCUUUCUCUUCUCUUUUCUUUCUCUCUCUCGUGUUCUUUUUCUUUCUCUCUCUCGUGUGCUUUUUCUUUCUCUCUCUCUCUCUCUCUGUGCUUUUUUUCUUCUCUCUCUCUCUCUCUCUUUCUCUCUCUGUUCUUUUCUCUUUCUCUCUCUGUUCUUUUCUCUUUCUCUCUCUGUUCUUUUCUCUUUCUCUCUCUGUUCUUUUCUCUUUCUCUCUCUGUUCUUUUCUCUUUCUCUCUCUCUCGUGUGUUUUUUUUUCUCUCUCUCUCUCGUGUGCUUUUUUUCUCUCUCUCUCUCUCUCUCUCGUUGCUUUUUUUUUCUCUCUCUCUCUCUCUCUUUUUCUUUUUCUCUCUCUCUCUCUCUCGUGUGCUUUUUCUUUCUCUCUCUCUCUUGUCAUACUUGUACAUUCACCUAUAUAAUACAUAUAUACACUCCCCCCUCCACAUAUUCCAUCAUAAAAGGUGUUUAUUUUAG